CAACACACAGAUCGAAUGUCGUGAGCAGUUACCGUAUCUAUUACAAUUUUUGCCAAAUUGUUAAUUGAAUGUCUCAUAUUACGACUACAUCAAGUGGGAUGGAGCGUAGUAUUCACGAAAUGUUGAAAGAUGCACCCUCUCUAAAUGAGAGUGAUAGUGCUGUACAUACUGGAACUCCUCCGCCUCAUGUACCAAACAACUGCAGCAAUGAUGGUCAUCCGAGACCAGCCACCAUAAAUUUGAGCCUAGGAAGCCCUACUACUCCGAUUUCAGUAGCAGUUUCACCGAGUACACCUGUUCAGAAUGGUGAUACACAAACCAUGCGUACCACCCAGAGUAAAAUUGAGAGUUUGAAAAAUUGGAGUAUUUCCACAUACAAGUGUACCAAACAAUUAAUGUAUGAAAGAUUAGGAAAAACGUCACGUACGGUGGACUUUGAACUUGAAACACAGAUUGAGUUACUCAGAGAUACUCAGAGAAAAUAUUGCAAUGUUUUGCGAUUAUCGCGAGCUUUGGCAUCACACUUUCAUCAUGUUGUUCAGACGCAACACGCUCUUGGAGAAGCGUUUUCUGAAUUAGCACAAAAAUCGCCUGAACUUCAAGAGGAAUUUUUGUAUAAUUCGGAAACGCAAAGAAAUUUAACUAAAAAUGGCGAAACACUUCUAGGGGCCUUAAAUUUCUUCGUUUCCUCAGUGAAUACCUUGUGUAAUAAAACGAUUGAGGACACGUUGCUCACAGUGAGACAAUACGAAACUGCAAGGAUAGAGUAUGAUGCAUAUAGAACAGAUCUAGAAGCUCUUGUGCAAGCUACAAAAUCAGAUAGUAAUAAUGUGGCAAGAUUAGAAGAAGCACAGGCUAGUUAUGAAGGACACAAGCAGAAUUUUGAAAAAUUGCGCUCUGAUGUUUCCAUUAAGUUGAAAUUCUUGGAUGAAAACAGGAUUAAAGUAAUGCAUAAGCAACUGCUGUUGUUCCAUAACGCUGUAUCUGCUUAUUUUUCGGGAAAUCAAACCGCUUUGGAAGCAACUCUCAAACAAUUCAACAUCAAGGUGAAAUCACCAAACUCCACUUUACCGUCGUGGCUGGAACAGUAGUUGAUUUAAAUUGAAUAUUUCAUCCUACACUGUAAAGGAUAUACAAGUGCGUUCGUUUACCGAAUUAGCCCGAGUUGUAAAACGCAGAAAGUAAAGGUAACAGUUAUCAAAAAAGUU